AUGGCUGCAUCUUACAACUCUGUCCCUUCCAUGAUAAUGGAGGAAGAAGGAAGAUUCGAGGCCGAAGUAGCAGAGGUGCAAGCAUGGUGGAACUCAGAGCGGUUCAAGCUAACCCACCGCCCGUACUCCGCCAAGGACGUGGUGGCGCUCCGCGGCAACCUCCACCAAAGCUACGGCUCCAACGAGAUGGCCAAGAAGCUGUGGCGCACCCUCAAAACCCACCAGGCCAACGCCACCGCCUCCCGCACCUUCGGCGCCCUCGACCCAGUCCAAGUCACCAUGAUGGCCAAACACCUCGACACCAUCUACGUCUCCGGCUGGCAAUGCUCUUCCACCCACACCUCCACCAACGAGCCGGGGCCGGACCUCGCCGACUACCCGUACGAUACCGUGCCCAAUAAGGUCGAACACCUGUUCUACGCCCAGCAGUAUCACGACCGAAAGCAGAGGGAGUCCAGAAUGAGCAUGAGCCGCGAGGAGAGGGCUCGAACCCCUUACAUCGACUACCUGAAACCAAUCAUAGCCGAUGGGGACACCGGAUUCGGCGGGACAACUGCCACCGUGAAGCUCUGCAAGCUGUUUGUGGAGCGCGGGGCAGCUGGGGUUCACAUCGAGGACCAGUCUUCGGUGACCAAGAAGUGCGGCCACAUGGCUGGGAAAGUGCUGGUUUCGGUGAGCGAGCACAUCAACCGGCUGGUUGCUGCCAGGCUGCAAUUCGACGUGAUGGGCGUGGAGACGCUGCUGGUGGCGAGGACUGACGCGGUCGCUGCGACAUUAAUUCAGACCAACAUCGACCCGAGGGACCAUCAGUUCAUUUUGGGCGUGACGAACCCGAAUCUUCAGGGGAGGAGCCUGGCGGCGGUUCUGGCUGAAGGGAUGGCGAAUGGGAAAACCGGAGCUGAGUUGCAAGCUAUUGAAGACAACUGGGUCGAGUCGGCCCAGUUGAGGACUUUCUCCGAACACGUGGUGGGCAUGAUUGAGAAAAUGAACGCCCCUGAGUCAGAGAAGCGGAGGAAGGUGAACGAGUGGAUGAAUCUGUCCAGCUACGAGAAAUGCCUCUCCCACGACCAAGCCCGCGAGCUCGCUGGUCGACUGGGGAUCAACAACCUGUUCUGGGACUGGGAUUUGCCAAGAACCCGCGAAGGGUUCUACCGAUUCAAAGGCUCGGUGAUGGCUGCUGUGGUCCGAGGCAGAGCGUUCGCUUCCCACGCGGAUGUGAUCUGGAUGGAGACGUCGAGCCCAGAUUUGGUGGAGUGCACGAAUUUCGCUCAGGGGGUGAAGUCGAGCUGCCCAGAGACAAUGCUGGCGUACAAUCUGUCGCCGUCGUUCAACUGGGAUGCUUCAGGGAUGAGCGACGAGCAGAUGAAGGACUUCAUACCGAGGAUUGCGAGGCUGGGUUUCUGCUGGCAGUUCAUUACGCUUGCUGGGUUCCACGCGGAUGCGCUGGUGGUGGAUACGUUUGCAAGGGAUUUCGCGCGCAGAGGGAUGCUGGCGUAUGUGGAGAGGAUACAGAGGGAAGAGAGGAGCAAUGGGGUGGAUACUCUGGCGCAUCAGAAGUGGUCGGGUGCUAAUUUCUACGACAGGUACCUCAAGACUGUGCAGGGCGGGAUUUCUUCCACUGCUGCCAUGGGCAAAGGGGUGACUGAGGAGCAGUUCAAGGAGACGUGGACAAGGCCAGGAGCCAUGGAAAUGGGUGGAGCUGGAUCUGAGGUGGUUGCCAAGUCGAGGAUGUAA